AGUAUUACGAAAAACUUGUAAAAGUAAAGUUUGUUUUUGCUUAAAAAGAUGAAUGUUCUCAAGCCAGAGUUAGUUUGGGUAGAUGGUCGAUGCUACAGAAUGUUAGAAAAAACUGAGUCGGACGGUAUUGUUCCUUAUACCGAGGAUGAUUACUUUGACCAUGAAAAUCAGGAAGAAUUUAACGAUGCCGACAUAGAAAUUACACCAUACGGGUCAUCAAGAUUUCAACAUUCGUUUCAUGUAGCAAAAUCUUUUUUUCCAAUUAUCAUUGGUUCUAAACACACGGUUCGCAAAAGAAUAGAAACUGAAACAAAAACAAGUAUACGAAUUCCUAAAAUGGGGCAGGAUGGAGAUAUUGUGAUAACUGGAUUUAGUCGCAAAGGAAUAAUAACAGCACGCCGUAGAAUAGAUUUAUUGAUAGAAACAUCAAGAAAAAGGCUGGGCUACACACAUUUCUUAUCUAUACCUUUGCACGAUGGUCAUAUAAUAAUGAAAUUCAAUGAAUUCAAGAAUAAUGUACUCACGGAAUCAGGAAAAGGAUCUAGAGGCGUAAAUGAAAAGAUUUUUCAGACCCCAAGCAAAUUGCACUUGACUAUUGGAUUGUUGAAAUUGCUCGACAAUGCAGAAAGAGAACAAGCGAUUGCAGCCCUUGAGCAUUGCAAAAAACAUAUUGUGAAACCUAUAGUGAAAAAAUAUGGUCAAAUCCCAAUAUGCUUGCAAGGAACCGAAAUAAUGAAUGACGAUCCAGCUGAAACAAGAGUUCUGUAUGCGAAGUUAAUCGAUAAGAAUAAUGCUUUGCAAGAAGUAGCAGAUGAAAUUGUGAAUUAUUAUGCUAGUAUUGGUAUGUUACAGAAAGAGAGGGAAACUGUUAAAAUGCAUGUAACUCUUAUGAACAUGAAGUUCAAACAAAGAGAUGAAGAUGGUAGCAAGGCGCACAAAUCUACUGAAACAUUUGACGGGUCAGGAAUAUUGAAAGCUCAUGCAGAUACUUGUUUUGGAGAAACUGUAUUAAAGGAGAUACACAUAUCACAGAGACAUACGAUCGGCACUAAUGGAUACUACCAGACAACGGCAAAAAUUGAUUUAACUAUGGAUUCGUAAAUGGUAUGUAUGUCGUUGUAUGUGUAUGCGUAAUUCUGCAGACAGUAAUGUCGAGAAACUCAUUUAGAAAACAAUUGUACAGAGUGUGCUACGAGAAAUAACGAAAUUGUAUAUACUAGUGCAUUUGAAGAUACAAAAGAAACGAGAACAUAAGUGAAACUGAAUUUUCCUGGUC